UCGACUCGACUGUUGUUUCGAAAUAAUUCAUUCAGCCACAGACAGUCAGUCGAUCACCAGAAACUCUACAGACUUGUACACCUGUUCUUCAUGCUUUGUUGCUUUGCGAAGUUCUGGAUCGCUUCCCUUACAUUUGUGAUAUCUUUGUGCUUGCUUUCGUUCCGAUCUCAGUGGUUUGCUCUUCGAUGAUGAUAGUGUUGAAAUGGGUAACGUUAGAAUACAUGUGACGUAUGCAGCGAUAUUGCUGUGCUUUCUGCUGCCAAUCUCAUCGUCAGUCGGAUAUUAUCGUCGGCAGCUGAAGAGAUCUGUGAACACAGAGUACUGCUUCUGUGAGCUCAACGGGAAGGUAGAUGAAUGUUGCUGUGAUGUAGAAGCUGUAGAGGAGCUUGUUGACAAGCUGCACCCGCAACUGCAGAAGUUGCUUCUUUCGCCGUACUUCCGCUUCUUCCGGAUUGCUUUGGACCGUCCUUGUCCAUUCUGGACGGAGAAUGGCGGCUGUGUGUUGAAGGGUUGUUCUGUAUCACCCUGUGAUGAGAAAGAUGUCCCGACGGGGAUCAAGGCGCAGAGUAUUGAUGGCGCUCGAUUUGCCGGAAAAGUAAAUGGUGUUCCAUCCUGCUCAAGGGAACAAGAGCUGAGCAGUGUUGACGGCACAAUAAGUGACACCAAUCGCCGGGUGUUCAGUGAAUGGAGGAGACACGACGCAAGCGACUCGUUCUGCCAUUUGGAUGAGGAGAACUCCACACACCUAGAGUAUGUCGACUUGACCAUCAAUCCGGAGAGGUAUACUGGCUACAGGGGUGAAUCCACGCAUCGUAUCUGGAACGCUAUUUACCGGGAGAACUGUUUCCGGCCAAAGUCAGCACCGGCCGCCAUGCCCUUCAUUCCAUCCAGCAUGCUGAGUAGUCUGUGUCGUGAGAAGAGAGCAUACUAUCGCAUCGUGUCUGGUUUGCAUGCCAGCAUCAACGUCCACCUGUGCGCCAAGUAUCAAUUAGGCCUGGCAGAAGAAUUUGGCCCGAACCAGGAGGAAUUUGCAAAGCGCUUCGACCCAUCCACAACGAAUGGUGAAGGUCCACAGUGGCUGAAGAACCUCUACUUCACCUUCCUGAUGGUGCUGAGGGCCGUCAUCAAGGCGGAGAACCUGUGGCGCUCCGAGCUGUUCUACACAGGUGAUGGCAAAGUCGACAGGUUCGUCAAGGAGCAAGUCACACGCAUUCUGGCGAGUACACACUCCUGUCCAAGUACUUUUGAUGAGACGAUGAUGUUCACUAGCGAAUCAGCACCUCACCUCAAGCGAGAGGUUCAGUCUCACUUCAAGAAUAUCUCACUGAUCAUGGAUUGUGUUGGUUGUCAACGGUGUCGACUCUGGGGCAAAUUGCAGGUUCAAGGUCUCGGAACUGCCAUGAAAAUCUUGUUUAACGGCGAGCAGUACUCCAGCGGGCUGGGUGGUGCUCUCCAAAGAACCGAAAUAGUAGCACUCUUCAACACUUUAGGACGGUUGGCGGACAGUAUAAAUUCAUUGAAAGUAUUUAGACGACCGAAUGGGGAUGCCGGCAAGCCCCGGCAGCAUGCUGACAAAACCACUGAGCUUUGAAGUUGACAGCACACGUACUAUCUAUGAGCAUUGACAUUCUACUUUGUAGCCAUUGAUAUAAACCCGAGCUAUUUUCUACACAGUUUAAAUACCUUUGACAAUAUUAUUUGGCGAAUAAAGAGUUGUGUAUUACUUUCCCAAAAUUUCUCUGCACCUCUUGCUCUCCUGUGCGCCGCCUUUACGUUCUCAACGGCGUGCCUCUGCCAUUCUGUUCUGCUUAUUCUGUUCUGCCAUUCUGUUCUGCUAGCGGGUCUUAGCAAUCAUAUUUUUAUCGUUUCAUGAGAAAGUGUGCUGUGAUUUGGCCUGGCCUCUUUUUGAGAACAAAACAAACAAAUCCUGGUAAAUUAUUGCCCUCGUACACCUGCUGCACUGACUGAUGAUUAUGUAAGGCUGGUGGUGCAAGCACUGUACUUGACUGUACUGUACUGGCACAUGCACAAUCAAUGCCCACCUUCUUAUUGAA